AUGCAAUGCGUCGCGUUACCAGCACGUAGCACGCAACAUGCACGUCUAUUGCAACAGGAAUCUCACCAUGCAGGGCCCGCUCAUGCUCACGCUCUUGACUGACAGGUUGAGCCUCGCAAAACCCCCCACCGAUGUGGAAGGCGAGACCGGCACCAACCCCACUAAACUGAGGCGGAAUCGACCGCGGCCUAGCGCCGAAGAAUUAUAGAUCCGUCAUGUACGGGUCUUUGACUAGGUAUAUACACUACCUCUGCCUACCCGUCCGCCCGCGUCGAGACCUGAAGACUCCCUCAUGGCCUCCAUUGCCCGCCGCAGCAUUCCAUGGCUCGCUCGCUCCCACAAUGCGUCGACACGGUGAUUAUCGGCAAUGGCCCCUCGGCUCUGAUCCUAUCGUACAUCCUGCACGGCCAUCUUCCUCACUAUGUAGGGGGCCACUAUGACAACAUUCUCAGCGCGAAGCUGUCCAAGGACCCAAAUCUGCUACACCUAACUUCGGAUCUGUAUGCGCACUUCCUCUCCUCGCUACGCUACUCGACGCAAGCAUUGCCUGUCAAUACGCUCCUGGACACGCUCAUCCGGCCAAACGCAGACACAGAGAUCAACCCAAAGUCGUGUAUCGAAUGGCGCUACGAGCCCGAGAAAGCCGUAUCUCAUGUCGCUAUAGGAGAUACUGAGCAAGUAGGCGGACAAUGGGCAGAUAAUCCGGUCUCUGCGAGCGCCGACAUUGGCACACUGAGCUAUGCUGAACAGCUCUCGCUUCCAGGCUACUCUUAUGCCGAGCACAUGGGGAAAGUCGAGAGGGAGGGCGAGUGCGACUUUGUGCGCCCAUCGAGGACCGAGUUCGCUGACUACCUGCGAAAUUACCCUGGGGCGGUGGGAAUCUCAGAUUCGAUCUUCUCCGGCACUAAGGUCGAUGAUGUGCACCGCGUUUCAGACGGAUUCUUCAUUGGGUCGCUCGGCAUACACUGUAAACACCUGGUACUUGCUUCCGGUAUCUUCACAGUCAACAUACCCCCUCCUCCGCUUCUGGCGCCCAUCGCUGAGCUGCAGUCGAGCAAUGCGCCAUUGCUUGUUGUUGGAUCUGGAUUCUCCGCAGCAGACAUUAUCAUAUCUGCAUCGCCUGCCCGCAAAGUUAUCCACAUCUAUCAAUGGGCUCCGGACAAGCGACCAUCACCACUCCGGGGCUGCCACCACUCAGCGUACCCAGAAUACGCGACUGUAUAUCGACAGAUGAAACUUGCUGCCAUAGCAUCAACUAAGAGUCGCGCCGCACGAGCGCCUCUUUCACGCCGCAAAUCAACCAACAACCCUUUUGUCAGCCAACGCGAUUGGGCGUUGUACGAGGGGCUCCCGAACGCUGAGAUCAUUGCUGUCUCUGCUGUAUCCUCGGGCAUAGUAAUCGUAACGAUUCGCCUUGCAACCGGCGAAUCCAAGACAUUUGAGGUCGGUGGCCUGGAGUACGUCGUCGGCCGCCGCGGCACAAUAGAUUUUCUUUCCUCCCCUUUGCAGGCCGAGAUCCUGUCCCCCAUUCCCCUAAGCUCAACAACCUCGAAUCAGAUAUCCGGCCGCUCGCUCCGCGCGAAGGCAGAAUGCUCCCUUGAAGUUGCCCCAAAUGUCUUCAUCACCGGCAGUCUGACCGGCGACUCUCUCAUCCGACACGCAGUAGGCGGUUGCGUGUUCGCUGCGGGAAGGAUCUUGGGCGCCAUUCCACCUACCUUUCCGCCCGAUUCUUCUAUCGCAACCGUGCUUAGUCGCGCAAGCUCGACACCGCGCUCAGCAAGUCCAACGUCUGACGGCAAGAGUGAGUCGACAGGAUCAAGCCCUGUAUCUCGCGCAGCCAAGUCGGGUCUCACAACGCCUGGAGAACUGACUAAUGGGCAUGCGGAUUUGCAUCUUGAUAGACGGAAAUUAGUUAGGAGUGUGGAGGUUGCCGCGGCUUCAAACCGCCUCUGGGUGGACUCUGGAUGGUGGGCUGGGGGUUUGGGGCCUCGAGGAUCAGAUAUUUAGUAGAUUUUCGGUAUACCAAAUCCACAACUAAGAAUCCUUUCAGCAUGGCCUCGAUAGCACAGUCGUACUAAUACCAAGGCUAGAAGCCAGGGGAAGUUGUACAAAGCGCGUUCGUGUGGGAGUAGAAUCUUCGUCGAAUGUUGGGUAGC